UGUGUCAUUGGACAUCAAACCAAGUGGGAGAAAUCUUGAGCUGCUGUGUUCUCCUUGUCCAAAGCAUGAGGGAAGACAGGAAAAAAUCCCCUCCUGGCCUGGCUGUGCCUCUCCACCGGUUUCUCCCCAUUCUCCACAGCAUUACCCUGGUUGGGUUUGAAUGGGAAAUGCUGUGCUGGAGUUCCAGCAGUGGGGCUGGAAUGCUGGCUCAUCCCAUCCGUGUCGCUGCUCACUGCCUGCCCCGCUCUCUGCAGGAGUUUGCCACGCUGACACGGGAGCUCAGCGCCUGCCGGGAGCAGCUCCUGGAGAGGGAGGAGGAGAUCUCUGAGCUGAAAGCAGAGCGCAACAACACCCGGCUGCUGCUGGAGCACCUGGAGUGCCUGGUGUCACGGCAUGAGCGCUCCCUCAGGAUGACCGUGGUCAAGCGCCAGGCCCAGUCGCCAUCCGGGGUGUCCAGUGAGGUUGAGGUGCUCAAGGCACUCAAGUCACUUUUUGAGCAUCACAAGGCGCUGGAUGAAAAGGUAAGGGAACGCCUGCGAGCAGCCUUGGAGCGAGUGGCCACCUUGGAGGAGCAGCUGGUGGAUGCCCAUCGGCAGGUGGCAGCUCUGCAGCAAGGCUCCAGCCGGGAGCCAGCGGCGGGUGAGGAGAGAGAGCCCAAGGAAACAGCCCCGAAGCUUCCCUGGAAGCGUCUCUCCAAUGGCUCUGUCCACCCAGAUGAUGAGGCCGGGCGGGUGGUGGAGCUGCAGGAGCUCCUGGAGAAGCAGAAUUUUGAAGUGGUCCAGGCCAAGGAGCGAAUCUCUGCCUUGGCUGCCAGCGUGGCUGAGCUGGAGGAGGAUCUGGGCACCGCCAGGAAGGAUCUGAUCAAAUCUGAGGAGAUGAGCAGCAAGUACCAGAGGGAUCUCCGAGAGGCCCUGGCACAGAAGGAGGACAUGGAGGAGAGGAUCACCACGCUGGAGAAGCGGUAUCUGGCAGCCCAGCGAGAGGCCACUUCCAUCCACGACCUCAAUGACAAACUGGAGAAUGAGUUGGCCAACAAGGAGUCCCUGCACCGCCAGUGCGAGGAGAAGGCUCGGCACCUGCAGGAGCUGCUGGAGCUGGCGGAGCAGAAGCUGCAGCAGACAAUGAGAAAGGCAGAGACGUUGCCCGAGGUGGAAGCGGAGCUGGCCCAGCGCAUUGCUGCGCUCACCAAGGCAAAAGAGAGGCACGGGAGCAUUGAGGAGCACCUCCGGCAGCUGGAGACUCAGCUGGAGGAGAAGAACCAGGAGCUGGCCAGGGUAAGUGUAUUUGCCCGGCAGCGGGAGAAGAUGAACGAGGAGCACAACAAGCGGCUCUCAGACACCGUGGACCGGCUGCUGAGCGAGAGCAACGAGCGGCUGCAGCUGCACCUCAAGGAGAGGAUGGCAGCCUUGGAGGAGAAGAAUACAUUAUUACAAGAGCUGGAAAAUACCCAAAAACAGAUAGAGGAACACCAGCAUGACAAGCGGCGUUUGUCUGACGAGAUCGACAAGCUGAGGCUGGAGGUGGAUCAACUCAAGACCAGGAGUGGGACCUUUGUGGAGAGUGUGCACACCAGGUCCCACAUGGGCAGUGCCACCGACCUGCGCUUCCCGCUGGGAGCUGUGGUCCAUGCCCCAGCCGAGCCCUUCGGGGCAGCUCCAGGGUUGGCCCGGGCACAGAAGGGACGAUUUGGUGCCCGGAGAGAGGAGCCAGCCAAGGACUGGGAGCAGGCCCAGGCAAGUGGGGUCCUGGCCACGGGGCCUCACGCCUUUGACAGCGACCCCGACAUCUCUGAUGUGGACGAGGAUGACCGUGAGACAUUGUUCAGCUCCAUGGAUGUGCUCUCUCCUGGUGGGCACUCAGAUGCCCAGACACUGGCCAUGAUGCUUCAGGAGCAGCUGGAUGCCAUCAAUGAAGAGAUCAGGACAGAAGUCCUGUGUCCGUGGGAAGGUGGGGAGCCAGGAGCCCUGAGCCCCGCUGCUCCUCCAGGAUGA